AUGCAGCGCGGCGCGCUGUCCCCGGUGCUGAUGCUCAGCGCUGCCCCGGAGCCUCCGCCGCGCCCCCCUCCCGCCCUCUCGCCGCCGGGCCCGGGCCCUCGCCAUGGCUCGGCCCGGCUGGGCGCUGCCCCGGAGCCGUCGGGGGGCGUGGGCGCGGCGCUCGACAGCAGUCUGCGGGCCGCCGUGGCGUUCAAGGCGGAGGGCCAGCGCUGUUACCGCGAGAAGAAGUUCCGGGAAGCCAUCGGCAAGUACCACCGGGCGCUGCUGCAGCUGAAGGCGGCGCAGGGGGCCCGUCCUGGCGGCCUGCCGGCCCCCGCCCCCGGGCCCGCCACCAGCCCGGGCCCGGCCCGCCUCAGCGAGGAGCAGCGGCGCCUGGUGGAGAGCACGGAGGUGGAGUGUUAUGACUCUCUCACGGCCUGCCUGCUGCAGUCGGAACUGGUGAACUAUGAGCGCGUGCGCGAAUACUGCCUCAAGGUGCUGGAGAAGCAGCAGGGCAACUUCAAGGCCACCUACCGCGCUGGCAUCGCCUUCUACCACCUGGGUGAUUACCCCCGCGCACUGCGCUACCUGCAGGAGGCCCGCAGCCGGGAGCCCACAGACACCAACGUUCUCCACUACAUCCAGCUGACACAGCUGAAGAUGAACCGGUGUGGCCUCCAGCGAGAGGACAGCGGGGGCCGGGCUCGGGUGUGAUUGGCUGAGGUCACCCCAGGGGAGCAGCCCCUCCCCCCUCACUAUGUAACUGCACCCUCCCCCCCACUGUUCCUUGGUAAAGCACUUGUCACUGGUGACCA